UAUGCUCACUUCCGGACUAAACCGCUUUAGAAAACAUAGUGAAACAACACAUUAUUUACUGGAAAGUUUUAAUGUAACUUCGCCUGUGAAAAUGCUGUUUUCAUACUGGAUAUAAUAGGUAUCACUGUAUUAGGUUUAUCCGUGUAGCUGUUACUGUUCUUCAGGACUGCAGGACUCGUUUUCUAAUAAAAAAGGACGGAGGCGUUUGACUUUAAGUCGAACUUCGACGACCGAUGCCAAAUGGCCAUGGACUGCCUGAUUUUCACUCCCGUUUGGCCCGGUAUUGUAGCUGUCUGUUAAAAUGAGUCUUGACUGUGACAUCGACAACACAGUGUACCGAGUGCGUGUACACCCAGGAUCAGUGGUCCCUGAACGUGGCUGGGUGUCCGUUGAGGCUACCAAGCAGACCACAACAGCUGAGAUCCUGCAGACUGUCUUGACCAAGCUCAACCUCAACCAGCAUCAGGACAGGUACAACCUCGCAGAAGUCUGCGAGGAGUCCGGCCAAAGUUGCAAAGAGCGCCAGCUCGACCCCGAAGAGUGUCCUGUGAAGCUGCAGCUGCUGUGGCCGAAGGUGCUCUCGGACGACGAGUCAGAGUCGCCGUACUUCUACACAAACUUCCGCUUCUUCUUAAGAAGCAUGCACGACAACCUCUCAAGUCGGGUUUCCAACUCCGCGGACUACAACACCAUCGACUCCUUUGUGAGUAACUUCUUUCCGCAUCCGUCGUCGGACAAGGAAUACCAUGACCUGUGCAACCUUCCGGACCUCAACGAGAAGACGCUUCUCGGGAAUCUCGCCGCUCGCUUCCGCCAGGGGAAGAUCUACACCUACGUUGGAUCAAUACUUAUCGCCGUGAACCCUUUUAAGUUCUUCCCGAUCUACAAUCCAAAGUAUGUCAACCUUUAUCAGAACCACAGUCUUGGGGAGCUUCCCCCUCACAUCUUUGCCAUCGCGGAUUCGGCGUUCCAUACAAUGCUGCAGGAGAAGCGUAACCAGUGUAUUGUUAUAUCGGGCGAGAGCGGAUCUGGGAAGACAGAAAGUACCAACUUAUUAAUACAUCAUCUGACGGCACUGAGUCGUAAGGGGCAUGCUAGCGGGGUGGAACAGACGCUGCUGGGAGCUGGACCAGUACUGGAGGCUUUUGGGAACGCCAAGACAGUUGUGAACAACAAUAGCAGCCGCUUCGGCAAGUUCAUCCAGAUCAACUACAGGGAAAAUGGGACCGUUCAUGGUGCCAUUGUGGAGCAGUACUUACUGGAGAAGUCUCGCAUUGUGUCGCAAGCCCCCAAUGAGCGCAACUACCAUGUAUUCUAUUACUUACUACAAGGUGCCGAGGACAAGGAGAGAGAAAAUCUGUGGCUAGAACAGUCCAAAGACUACUUCUAUCUGAAUCAGAGUAACUGCUACACACUGGCUGGUGUUGAUGAGAAGUAUGAAUACACAAGGCUCAAGCAGUCCAUGGAGAUGGUUGGCUUCUCCAGGGAGACAAUGAAGAGGAUAUUCUCGGUGCUCUCGGCUGUCCUACACAUCGGCAACAUCACAUUCCGCAAACGCCACGAACACGAGGAGUAUGUGACCAUCAAGAACAUCGCCACUGUCAAGGUGGUGUCCGACCUGCUGAAGGUCAAACAGGAGACGCUGGUCUCUGUGUUGACCAAGCGGAAGUCGAUGGCCAGCGGUGAUCAAUUUGUAGUGCAAUACAGGAUGUCGGAGGCUUUGGCAACGAGAGACGCAUUGGCCAAAGGUUUAUACAGUGGGCUUUUUGAGUGGAUCGUGCUUCAAGUAAAUCAUGCUCUUCUAUCACGCUAUGAGAAGACGGGUGAACAUCAGGGCAACUCCAUCGGUGUGCUAGACAUUUUCGGAUUUGAAGACUUUGUUCUGAACAGCUUUGAGCAGUUUUGCAUCAACUACGCAAAUGAACACCUUCAGUAUUACUUUAACCAACAUGUCUUCAAACUUGAACAGGAGGAGUACAGAAGAGAAGGAAUAAUGUGGAAGAAUAUUGAGUUUAUUGAUAACACUGGUUGUUUGUUACUAAUUGAGAAGAGACCUACCGGGUUACUUCAUAUUCUUAACGACGAUUGCAACUUUCCGGCUAAAGACACCAAUGGUGAGAAUCUCCUGCAGAAGUUUACCACUCAACACAAGAACAGCAACUACUACCAGACUGUGCAGUUUGAGCAGGCCUCAUUCAUCAUUCUGCACUAUGCUGGCAAAGUCAGCUACAAAGUCAAGGAUUUCCGGGAGAAGAAUACGGAUCUCUUAAGACCAGAGAUCACGUCGGUGCUUAAGAACAGUAGUCUGUCCUUUGUUCGUGAGCUCGUUGGUAUAGAUCCACUAGCGGUGUUUCGUUGGGCCAUCGUCAGGGCCUUCUUCAGAGGGGUUAAUGGCUUCUUAGCUGCCGGGAGGAGACAUAAAAAUGGAGGUGAGCGGUCGAAAAAGGUAGUGAAGAAGCCUGAACAGCUGACCAUCAACAUACAGUCGCCAGAGGAAGACGUCUUCAGGCGUCCAAACCGCCGAGCUAUGCAUGGUCGGAAGCAUAACCCCCAAGUGACUGUCCAGGGGGACCCUGCUGAGGCAACCACCACGGACGGGAACAAGGAUGACCAGCUAUCCCCCUUACUAACUGAGGGGCAACCUUUACUCGGCCCCGGCAAUUCGCUCAAACCCAGCCUGUUGUAUGAUGACUCGUAUUGGAAAGCUACUCGUGUUAUGAAGAAGAACAAGUCUUUCCGAGGAGCCCAGGCUGCACCAGUCAAGGGUUUGAGAGAUUUGAAGUCUAUGAAGAAAUUGAUGAGCAGGAAGAUGGUUGGUUUCCGUCGGUCCUCAACCAAGAAACUUCCACCAACUGUCAGUGCACAGUUCCAGUUGUCCUUGAGUAAGUUGAUGGAGACACUAAACCAAGCCAACCCGUUCUUCGUCCGCUGCAUCAAGUCUAAUUCCAAUAAGGAACCUUGCCGUCUUGAUGAGGCGCUGAUGAUGAGACAAUUACACUACACCGGGAUGCUGGAGACUGUAAGGAUCAGGCAGUCUGGGUACAAUGUACGACUCACAUUUGAGGAGUUUUGUCAUCGAUUUCAUUUGCUGCUACCAAACGGCAGGGCAUCAAACCUUGAAAGCAUCCAACAAUUCCUGCAGAACAUGGAGUUGGAUCCUAAACACUAUCAACUCGGCAAAAGCAAGGUGUUUUUGAGAGAGAGCGAACGUCUUAAGCUACAGGAAGCAUUACACAAUCAUGUCUUGAAGAGGAUCGUGACUGUACAGAGAUGGAUGAGGGGAAUCCUACAGAGGCAAAGAUACCUGCAAAUAAAAUACUCUACUAUUGUAAUACAGUCUGGUGUACGAGGUAUGUUCAGCAGGAGGCUACUCCGGCAACUGCAGAAUGAGAGAGAACGCAAGCUGGCGGCAAUCUUUAUUCAGAGCUGUUGGCGUGGUUACCACCAUCGGAGUCUACUGGAGAAACUUCACCGUGGUACUCUAUGGCUCCAGUGCUAUAUCAGAGGAAACGCAGCCCGAAGACUAUUUGAGAAGUUAUUAGAUGAGAGGCAGGAGCAAGAGCGUCUCCUCCUUGAGGAGGAAGAGAGGCAGCGUCUUGAGCAUGAAGAGCAGAUGAAGCUACAGGAAGAGCUUCUACGAGCGACGUCUACCACCAAACAACGAGACGAGGCUCACUCCUCCAUGAGCGACGAGGGCAUCCUGACUCCCGAUGAUCUGGAGGAGUUUGAGAUGGACAGGAAGAGGACGAGGACGAUGGAGUCGGAGGAGAGCAGUGGCAUUCUGGAUGGGUCUGUUGGCUCCGAUGAGCUGCUCUUAGAUGAUGAAGCUCCUCAUAAGACUCCUCAUGUAAUACCAGACCACCACCAUGAAGAGAAGGAGGAAGAGGAGGAGGAACAUCCUGAGACGCCACCGAUGUUGACUGGAGUCCAACGCUCCGGAUCAAGGGUCAAGGAUCUUGCUUUUGCCUACCAAGAGCAUCAUCGGAGGAACGCCAUCCACAGAGAGCACGAUCAUUCUGGAGAUGACUCCGGAAGAGAUUCCCAAGACAUCCUCUAUCCUCUAGAAGAAGGCGAUGUGGUGGAAGGACAGAGGUUAUCAGAUACUGAAGGUCAAAGGUUAACGGACGCUGAUGGUCAGGUGACGUCAUCGGUCAAGGAGAGCGAGAGUUCAGAUGAUAUGGUGCCAGCCUUGAGAAUAAAGACUAACAUGCCUCCUGUGAGUGCUCUACAGCUCGAUUCUCCCAUCGAAGAUGAUGCCUUCAUCAGUCAGACCCCCUCUCCACGUUCCCCAUUUCCAUCUGAGCAAGACUCACUUCCCUCCAUGCCCGAGUCACCAGUAUCCAAGGACAGCGCCCUCAAGAAAGCCAAGAAACACUUCAAGCGUCGUUUCAUGCGGAAACCUUCUGAUCCCCAAGCAGCCGAAGCUCUCGGUCAAGAGAAGCCGUCCAAGCUGGUCACCCUCCAGCCUAAAGUCAACUCCAUCAAAGCGGAGAGAAAGUUCCAGGAGGAUCCAGCUAGUGCGGCUGCUGCUGCUGCUGCGGCCACUGCGGCCGCCAAGAAGAGCCGUGGGGGUUCAAGCAACAUGAGCAUCCACGGGAUGUCCCAGUGGAGGUACCCACCUAAUAAAGUGGUGUCGGGUGCAAGGGAGCUGCAGCAGAUGGAUAUGUUCUUGUACUCUAAGAUUCAUGAGAUGAAGAAAGCCGGAGGGAGUGACACGGCUGUUGAUCUUGUCUUUAAGAAGUCACUCAAUGACUUCAGAGUCAAUCUCAUGACCACGUACUCGGUGGCCAUGCAGCAGGAGGGCAGCACAACUCUUUUGUACAAGGACCUGAUGUCUAACUUUGAGACGUCGCUGGCCAACCACGUGAAGAACUCAAACAGUAAAACCCAAUUUCCAAUCACGAUGGGCAUCAAUGCCUUCAGGGGAUUCUUGGAUGAGUUUACACAGCAGUACAAGCCAGACAAGAAGUCCAAGGAGCAGAGGAAGAAGAAGAAGGAAAAGGAGAAGGAGGAAGUCUUUGAGUAUCUUGGCCAUCGAUUCAUUGCCGUCCAGUUUAGCAUUCCCACAGCCUGUGAGGUGUGCUCAGCGUUCCUAUGGCUCAUGGAGAAGGGACAAGUGUGUCAAAUUUGCAAGUUUACUUGCCACAAGAAAUGCUGCACCAAGACCAGUGGUAUAUGCAAGGGCAAACCGCAGGCUCGUGUGACAGGGAAGGUGAUUGGGGCAAGUCUACUCUCGCUCAUAUCACCUGAGAGUAACAUACCAAAGGUUAUAGAGCGAUGUCUUAGUUUAGUUGAGCUGAAUGGUCUAUUCACUGAGGGUAUCUAUCGAAGACCUGGACCCGAGGCUAAAGUGAAAGAACUCAAACAUCUCAUCAACACAGAACCAGAUUUUGACCAGAUUGAGUUGGACACCUACAACAUGCUGGUCAUAGCCCAGGUCAUCAAGUCCUUCUUCCGUGAGAUGCCCGAGCCUCUCCUGACCUUUGAACUCUACGAGGAGUUCCUGCGCGCUGUGGAGAUGCCGGAGCAUCGAGAUCGAAUGGUCAUGCUUCAGGACUCUCUGAAUAAACUUCCCUCUCCGAACUUUGACCUGUUUGAGAGACUUGUGUUUCAUUUAGCAAGGGUAUCACUGCACGAGAACUACAACCGGAUGUCCCCCAAUAGUUUAUCCAUAGUGUAUGCACCGUGUCUACUGAAGAGUCCAAAGCAGAUGUCACCGUGGGAGUCUCUACAAGAUGUCUCCAAACAAGCUCAAUGUCUUGAGGUGAUCAUCAAAGAGAAACUGUUGAAGUUGAAGAGCACACUACGAGACAUUAACACAUUAGAACGAGCCAGCAAGUCAGCAUCCCUUAAACUCUCCGAUCUACGCAAGAGGAAGGACACGGCGAGUCAGCAAGAUCUGAGGAAGAUCAAACAGGUCAGGGAGGAGCAAGAGUUGGAUGAGAGAACGAAUGGCGAGGCGGCGGCGGCAGCAGGCAAGGGAGGAGGAGAGGUAGACGCAACAACGGUGACCGACGGACAGAACGAGCUUGAGAAGGUGCUGAAGAUAAGGAUUGAGACGUUGGAGAGAGAGAGGCAAGAUCUAACAGUCAACUUAGUGAACCUCGACCUCGAACCAUCGGCCAGUGACGACGAGAACUACAGCACCGACGGUCUGGAUCUCAGCAGCUGCGAUGAACUCGACCGAGAAAGCGUGUCCUUUGACGGACACCCCUCCCCGUCCAAACUCAUCCACUUGAACAAGAACAGAGCCCCCAAACAGGAGAAACGGAAACCAAGGAAAGGACACAAGACCCCGGGAUCGAACGGCUUGGCACAAACUCAAACGCCUCCGCCAGUCUCCAAGAAACACAGGAGGAGCAGUCGGAAGGGCCCGAAGAAGGAGAAGAAACAACUGGAGGAGUCGAAGGAAAGACGGAAGAGGGCAGAUUCAGCCGAUGCCGUCGUCAUGCUAUGAUGACGAAACAGGUCGGGACAAAUGGCGUCUCUCAAAGCAUGAUACUACUGGAUUGUGACAUCGCGUGUUAUGUGGUUGUGUUUUGGCAGGAUAGAUCUUUGGAGCACUUAUUUACUUAUUUAUAUUUUGUUGGCGAUCAGUAGAACAUUUUAACAUUUUCUUCCAUUUAGACGUGUACAACUCUUGCCUGCAUGAAGUCCAUGCUCUGUGGCUCUUUUGUAAACAUGUGAUGUCACAGGUCACACGGUCUAUUGUUGUUUUAAAUAUUGUGCAAUUUUCAAAGGCUUGCACUUCAUUGCAUCAAUGCACCUUUACUUAUGUGAACAUUUUGUGUACCACGUGUUUGUUUUUGCCAUAGCAGAUCCAUCACUCUGGUUGCAAUUGGAGGCAAUUAUUACACACAAAGUGUCAUCCAAAGUUGCAGUUUCAACCUCAACAUCUCCCCUCUUCUACCGCAUCCAUAUCACAAAUUAUCGUAUCAAAUUUUUUUCAUUUUUUAGCAGAUGACUUUAAAGUUUGUAACCCACAACAUGAAAGCAGUGCCAAUGUUAGAUUUUUAAAAAGGUUUACAAAGAAACAAACUAAACAUUUUGACAGCGAUGGAGGUGUAAGGAAAAUAAAGACUGGUCCCUGUUUUUAGUAUGAUGAGAAUUGCUACCACCCACAGGGGACUAGACAAGAUGGCAGCCACCACAGUACAAAUUUAGUCUGGUCCCCUUUUUAGUAUGAUGAGAAUCAUUAUGCUAUCACCCACAGGGGACUAGACAAAGAUGGCAGCCAGCAUGGUACAAAUUUAGUCUGGUCCCCGUGAUGAAUGUGCUUCCCAAGGAUGUUGUACAUGUACUACGCCCAAGCAAAAAGCACUACUUGUUUGUCUGUCCACUCUGUCUAUAUUGUACAGUAUGUACAUAUUGAAAAACUUUAAUAUUUUUGCUUACUUCGAAAAAUCCGCUUCUGUCGCGUGUUCACCAGCGGUCGUUGGAGACAAAUGCUGGAAGUUUAACCAGUGGGUUUAACACUGAAUAGAGGAAACUGUUUGUUACCUGUGCCUGUCUGUAGAGUAAUCAACAAGAAUAUCUGGUAAAACGAUAUUUUCUACUCUAUUAUGCAAUAUUUCUAUCAUAUGCAAUAUAUUUGUAAGAAUUAUAACAACAAGUGUUUAUAGAUUACGUGUACUCAACACUUUGGCUGAUUGUAGUAAAGUUUUUAAAAAGGAGGUUAUAAACAGCUGGAUGAUUUUUAACAGCAAAACAUUUGUGCUUAAAAUAUUAGCAGUCAAUAUUAAAAAGCCAUGGUUUGACUUGUAUUUUUUCUUGCAUGAAAUUCCAAAGUGCUUUAAAAGAAAAGUUUGAGAAGCUAUUUUCUAAUCUGUAAAGUAAUUUAUGCUGAAGUAAUAUUUUGUUAUCCUUAGCACAAAAAAGGUAAGGUGCGCGGUCGCAUAGUGAAAAUGUUUUCAGGGAGAUAUAUUUGUUAACCAAAAAGUUGAUUUAAUUUGAAACUUUAUAAUAAUAGAGUGGCGGCCCCCUAACAAAUCAUAGGGGCGGCCAUUGCGAGAAAAUCUGCGACAAUAGACUUAUCCAGAGAAAAUAAAUAUGAUUGACUCGAGCUCUGAUGUUGAAUCAUCAGAGUGUGGGUUUGAAUCCUGGUCAUGACACUAGUGUUCUUGAGCAAGGCACUUAAUUGCUUCUCUUUACCAUAAUUGCUUCUCUUUACCAAGGUGUAUAACUGGUAACCUGAGAGGGCUGAGACAACGUUGUGUUGGAUUAACCCCUUAGUGUUAAUAUUAUAUAAUCAGCUUGGCAUUAGAUGCUUCCCAGGGAGUUGAGAAAGUUAGAGGAAUGGUUCAAACAGUGAUAAUAAUGUGGUUAAGUGCUUGAUCUAGCUACUAGGAUAUGUGCGUUAUGUAAGAACCCAUUAUAAUGUUGGAACAAGGCUGGUAUGACACAAUUUAGUUUAGUUUAAAGACAGUGGACACUAUUGGUAAUUGUCACAGACUAGUCUUCACAGUAGGUGUAUCACGACAUAUGCA